CAUAUGGGCGCAAAUGAAUCAUAAACAUAAAUGACAUAGGAAAUCGUCAACAAUUCCGAAUUUUAGAAAUAUCUAAAAUCGAUUUGUUAUAAAGUUCCAAAAUCUGGUAUCAACAAAAACUAUUUUGACAAUAUUCUUGGAAACUUGAAUUAAUUUAAAAUCAUUUCGAUAGGAUCGACACCUCUAGGUGAUCGUCUUUUUGAUGUAUUAAAUGCAAAAAAUUAAGACAAAGUCACAUCAGAAGUUCUAUAUUAAUUUUUAACUUAAUUGUACUCUAAUAAAGAAUCUAGAUGCGAAUGUAUAUAACAUAUAUAUUCUAGAUACAUUUUAAGCCUAUUGUUUGGAAGGCAAAAGUAUUUAAAAGUAUGUGGUUGAAAAGAAUUUUAUUGCCAUGGUGACUGACUCAUGGGAGAGGGCAUUUGCAGCAUUAGUUGAAAAAUUACCAGACGAUAAAAGAUAAUAGGAUGGAGAUCUAAUAGAAAAUUUGGGCAAAUCUUAGGAAUAGAAGGAAUUAGUUAAGAGAGCUGCUUAAGCAUGUUUUAAGAAUUUAAGCAAGUCUUUGAAUAACUAUGCUGACUAUUAAGUAUUUAAAAGUUGGAUAGUUUCCGAAAUUUGUGAUAAAAUAGUGGCAAAAUAUGAAGGGUAUACUGUAGUUAUACCAUUAACAUUGUAUAAAUUUAUUAAAUGA